AUGGAGAAAAUAGUAGCACAAGCCCUUGAACUUCUGGAAAAGGUCACUUAUCACAACUAUGAGUGGUCAAAUGAAAGGGGAGAUACAAGGAGACUAGCAGGGAUCCUGGAAGUGGAUGCCCUAAGCAUGAUAAAUGUUCAGUUUGACCAGCUCACCAAAAGGCUUGACAAAAUGCAAGCCACUGAAGCACUUUCUCAGAUGUCAUCCUAUGCUAAGUUCCUUAAAGAAAUUCUUUUAAAGAAGAGAAGGUUGGAAGACUAUGAGACUGUUGCUCUUAUAGAGGAAUGCGGUGCCAUAUUGCAAAACAAGCUGCCACUAAAGCUCAAGGAUCCAUACCCGAUUGGCAUCCUAGAAAAGAUCUCCAUCAAGGUGGAAAAAUUCUUCAUUCCUGUUGAUUUUGUUGUCUUGGAAAUGGAAGAGGAUGUCCAAAUUCCUAUCAUCCUGGGAAGGCCUUUCUUGGCAACUGCCAAAGCUAUCAUAGAUGUUAAGAAUGGGCGGUUAACUCUCAAGGUAAGAGAUGAAGAAGUGGAAUUAAACCUGUUCAGAGCAAUAAAGCAUAAACUUAAACCUAAUGAAUGCUUAAGAGUUGACAUAAUUGACAAGCUAGUUGAUGAGGAAUUUCAUAAAAAACAUCCUGAAGAUCCUUUUGAAGCAUGCAUAAUGCACAGCCACACAGCAGAUAAUGAAAACACAGAAAUUGCAGCUUGUGCACGAUCUUUAGCAGCUAGCCCAUCCCUAACCUUGGCUCAAGCUCUCCAGGUGGAAGAACUAAAGGAGGAGCAACCUAAAAGCAGGGUAUUGCCACCAAACAUGUCUUACCAGCAAAGGAAGAAAUUCCUAUAUGAUGUGCGAUUCUACACAUGGGAAGAACUCCUGUUGUACAAGAGAUGCAAUGAUGGGCUGAUAAGAAGAUGCACACCAGAGGAGGACGUAGAGAACAUUCUGCAGCACUACCAUUCAUCAUCAUAA